GCCCAGCUAAGCCCCACCAUUACAAAACCGGUAAUGGAAACCUUCUUUGCUUGCGGGAACAUCAGUGCCCUGAGUCUCAAGCAUGGCCCUAUCGUUCAGGCGUUGGGUUGUGUCACGGUCUCCAUGUCCUUCGAGCCAUUCAAACCUCCGACGUGUGAUCAUCAUCUCCUCCCCACCAUGUGCGACAAGCCUAGUGUGCCCCAAAGAGUCUUCUUCUAUGGUUCAUUGUACUUGAUGGCCUUAGGAGCGGGAGGAAUCAAGGCAUGUGUGACGGCAUUCUCUGCAGACCAAUUCGACGACACUGAUCCUGGGCAGAACCAUGAGAGGGUGUCGUUCAUGAACUGGUGGUGGUUCAGUCUGAGCGUCGAGCGUAUCAUGGGCUCGGUGGCCUUCUUCCCUUGGGUGCAGGAACAGUAUGGUUGGGUAUAGGUCGGAGCAAUUCCAGCCGGAAUCGUUGGAUUUGUAACUCUGAGUUUCAUUAUCGCUCAUCCUCUGUACUACCAUAAACCCCUCUGGAAGUGCUUUCACAAGAGUUCUCCAGAUUCUGGUGGCUGAUUUCGAGAAGAGAAACUUGGAACUGCAAGCUGAUCUUCACGAGCUGUUUGACCUGAGCCCGUAUCAUUCAGAAGUUUCCAUAUGUGUUGAUGCUUGACAGAGUUUGUUAUUCAAAGUUCAGAAGAACUUCAAUUGGAUAAUAUAUUGAAUUUGAAGAUAUGUUGUAUAUCUAGAUUUAUAAUAUGCUAGAUCCUUGUGCUAAACUCCUAGAACCGCCAUCGAUUGUCAUUUCAAAAUAGAAUGUUAUUGUUAUUACAUUAUUCAUUUUUGAUUCAGAUUUUAAGUGCUCG